UGAUACCCAUAUCGGCAAUUUUCUAAAUUUAUCAACCGUAGAUAGGAGACAGAUGGGCGCCUACCUGUGCAUCGCGUCGAACGAGGUCCCGCCGGCCGUCAGCAAGCGAGUCUAUCUCAACGUGAACUUCGCCCCGAACGUCACCACGGGCAAAACCCUGCUCGGCGUCUACGAGGACUCGAACAUCGAACUGGAGUGCGCGGUCGAGUCGUUUCCCCGAUCGGUCAACUAUUGGACCAAGGUUUCCAGCGGCGGCGGCGGCGGUAGUGCUGGCAGCAAAAGUGGUUCCGAUCACCGGCAGGAAAUCAUGCUGACCAACGAGCACAUGGAAAUCCGUGAACAGUACACCAACCUGUACUCGGGCCGGGCCACUCUCCGGAUCCAACGCUUCAGCACCGCCGACGCCGGCAGUUACAUGUGCAUAUCAUCGAACGCCUUCGGCAAGGCAAACAAAACCAUUAGAGUUUAUG